CAGUCAGUCAGCUCUUUACAACCGUGGGGAAGAGUGGUCUCGAAUUCACGCGAGAGAGAGAGAACGGCUAGCCCCCAGAAGAAUACAUUUUCCUUUACAUAAAACAUCGUUUGUUGCAAAUUACUUUACCGACUGGGGGACUAGUGCAUAGUUGUAGAGGUUGUAGCGUUUUGUUCUUGUUCUGUGUGGAGAAGACGAUCCACUGCAGAACUGGUUCUUAUUUUUAAUCAAACAUCAUCCAAUUGCACAUGGCAUGUUGUUUUGGGGAAUUUAUCAAAUCAUCAGCGUCCUCACCCAGCCCAGCUACCCUGACAUUACUUACUUUUUCUGCAACUUGUGAAGAGGAGUAAAUAAAUAUUAGAGCUCUAGCAUUCGCAGCCAGUGUGUGAUGUGAGACAUUAGUCCAACUUGAACCAAUUCAAGCAAAGCUGUGUGUGUUGUUUGCUUAUUUGCUCAUUUAAUUUGGAAGUUGGGACGUGACGCAGUUUUAAAGAACAAGUGAGUGAACAAAUCAGUGCAGAGAGUUCAACUCUCUUCUGAACCGAACCAUUUGCAUCAUUCAUCCAUCCAUGCACUUAUUACUACCGUCGACUGUAUUCAGAUACGUACUUAGAUACAUACGUAGAAAAAGUGAUGAGUGUGGUCGUAUAAAAACCGAGCUGGACAAAUAAUACUAAUCUUAUGUGUAACACGAACGACAACUUACGUACGUAUAUUAAAUACACUACUCCAACUCGCACAAUCCUUUAAUACUCUUGUCAUAAUCACUCACAGAUAUCGGCAGACGACCAACCGUGGGGUCUGUUGCCUUGCGGUUCAUCAAUUCAUUUAUUUGCACCAUAUCACAUGGAUUCGGAUUUUAUCGUGUGCGGCAAUUUGGUGAAGAAUAAGUUGCGAGUUUAAUUUCAAGAAGUGUAAUAACAGUAAAUGGUCGUAUGUAGCACUUAAAGUCAGCACAUGUAAUAAGAUGGUUAGUUGAGUGACACCGUUAAACCGAGUUAUCAAUUGAUUGAUUAAUUGGUGUUUGGCAUGUAAAACCGUGUCAGAGACAGAUAUGCUCACGACGAACACAAACUAGCAAAAGUUUCAUUGUUCGUUUAAGCUUCCUGGAAACCGACCAGGAAGAAAAACAAGCCAAGUUCAAUCAAGUUAAGUUAAGGUGAACUCUUAAAAAAUACUUGAACUCUAAACACAACGAUCUGAUUGCAUCCUUUUUGUGUGCAAAAGAUGAAGAUGAUUUUAAAAUAGAUUGCGUAACAUCCUGAGAAUUAUUGGAAAUCGAAAUGUGAAGAUUUUCUACCCGAACAAAUUCUGUCUCUCCUUGUUUUCAUAUAAAGCCACAUUAUAUUAUAUCAUGUGAUUGUUCUAGCAAAAAUUGGACUUCCUCUGACGUGCAUAGGGAGAAAAAUUUAUAUUACAUUUUUAUCAUUCCUUCCUGACAAGAAUUCAUAAUCAACUAAGUACUAAGUACAAGCUAUGCGGCAAAACCGCUGAAAAUUUCUAUUUUUUCAUACCAAAUAUGAGUUAUGGAUUUUAAUUUUAGAAAUCGCGCCAUAUCUUAAAAACCAAGGCUUAUUUCGAAAAAGUCAAUCAGUCGAGGGCACUAGCCGGGACCUUCCCCAAUACGAUCCCGUUUAGUUUAGGUUACCAAAAUGUAUCGUCUAGGCUGUAGCUCAGUGGAGAAAUUGGUAGCCGAAAUUGCAAAAUUUUUCGGAAAUUUGAACUUACCGCUUCGGCAUAGCGUUAUUUCGAAAAAAUUUUCGAGUAAAUAUUGUAGAUAAAGCGAUUGUGAACAUAUUUGCUGUUGCAUGCAACCAUGUGCUAUGUACCCAAUUCAUUCAGUGAAGCAUUUACGAUUUCGAAACCGAAAAAUCGGUUUUUAUUGAAUUUCUUGAAAACGGUUCAAGAUAACACAAAAUAGAGAAAAGUCAUUUUAAAACUCUACGAGCUGUAUCAAAUGCACUUUACGGCAUCUCUCUAGACCUAAUCGUUUUUUUGUACGAGCCUCCGACAUUUCCCAUAAGAGUGAGUGACAACAUACUAUAUGUUCCACAUAUAGCGCCAAAUGUCUCAAGUUGCCCCGACAUUCGAGCUUAUGGUGGAAAAAAUAGAAAAACAUUGAUACGGACGACGAGUUAUUGGAUAGUUUUAGCAGCAAGAAUUUUACUUUGAUAAAGGACGCCCCAGAAAAAUAGUUGGAGGAUUAGUUGGAUAAUAAUAAAUUGAGCAAGAUUCCCUAAAUUGAUAUGAACAAUGAAAAUGUCUCAGCUUCUUAAACCCUCGGCAUGGAUCAUCACCAGUCACGAGCUGAGCUCUUCUUUAAUCAAGUGUUAAAGGAUGCAGAUAAAACGACGCUGUGAUAGAUGAAGUGGAAAGAACGCAUGGGCCUCGCCCUUUCGGGGGCAUUAAUAGGGCUCACACUACUCUUAAUUGUGGAUGUUCACUAUCGAAUGAAUAAUGGCGAAUUUGCUAACAUCGGAACUGGAGGGAGCACGGGUCUGGAUCUUCCUCCUGGGUCGGGUCAAGUGGGAUCAGCUCAGGUCACUAUUCCUGGUGGAGGAGGCGGCGGAGGGGAAACAGCCGAGAAUCAGUAUGCGAAUAGCAAAUUAUCUCCUGCCAAGUUAGUACUACGGCAGCAACGUGACAAUACAAUCCUUAUGAAGCAUGAUAAAGUUCGGUACACUCAACCCAGUAAUAUCAGUCAAAUUGUUAAUACGAACUUACGCAGUAAACUGAAACUCGAGGACGCUAGUAACAACGCAGUUGAGCAUUAUUCAGCUCCUCUGGACAAAUAUGAGGAUUUGAAAAAGAUGUUGGAUCCGAAAGGGAAAGGCUAUGUGAUUCUGGAUGGCGUAGAAAGAGACAGCCCAACGAUUGCAGAAGUGCUAAGAAUAGAGACUGAAAGUAGGCCAAAUCUGACAUCAUUCGAGCGCUUCCAACUGCUAAUUCGCAAGCAGUCCUUGUACGAGGAUGAUGACAAAGUGGUCGACACCUUGCUCCAUGAAAUGGUCAUUGAAGAGAUUGUCCACAUUGAGCAAAAGGAAGGAGGAACACAGCUCAAACUGAUCAUGGAUUUUGAGUCCAAUGGACAAGCAAUGUUCAAGCCAAUGAGAUUUCCGAGACAAACCGAGACGCUUCCCAACCAUUUCUAUUUCACGGACUUUGAGCGUCACAACGCAGAGAUUGCAGCCUUUCACUUGGACAGAGUAAUGCAGUUUAGAAGGGCACCGCCAGUUGUCGGACGAUUGCUCAAUAUUUCAUCAGAAAUCUAUCCCUUAGCUGAGGGCCAGCUAUUACAUACUUUCUUUGUCUCUCCGGCCGGCAAUAUUUGUUUUCAUGGAAAGUGCAGCUACUACUGUGACACUAGUCAUGCAAUUUGUGGCGCACCAGACAUGCUGGAGGGAUCGUUGGCCGCAUUUUUGCCACCAAAAGAGGCUGCAGCAAGAAAAGUUUGGCGGCACCCGUGGAGACGUUCGUACCACAAGCGGAGGAAAGCGCAGUGGGAGGUGGACUCUGACUAUUGUGACCUCAUCCGGUCAACCCCACCAUACGACCGGGGACGUCGGCUUCUGGAUAUUGUGGACAUGGCAGUUUUAGAUUUCCUUAUGGGAAACAUGGAUAGGCAUCACUACGAAACUUUCAAGAUGUUUGGAAACGACACCUUCCUUAUUCACUUGGAUCAUGGGAGAGCUUUUGGGCGACCAAAACACGACGAGGUGUCAAUAUUGGCCCCUCUCUACCAGUGCUGCAUCAUAAGAAAGUCCACACUUGAAAAACUUCUCAAAUUUCACAAUGGCCCGGAAACCUUGAGCAGUGCUCUAAGAAAAUCAAUGCACAGUGAUCCACUGGACCCAAUUUUAUGGGAACCCAACUUUGUAGCAAUUGACCGUCGUGUUAAUAUCAUUCUUAAAAGUGUUCGACAAUGCAUCCAGCAACGAAAAGAUGCCGGAAACACGAGCGGAGAACAAUCUGUAGACGAAGUGAUUAUUGACGACGGGUUUUAAGUUAAUUUUUCGGAAUCCGUAAAACCCAGACCUUUACAAAAGAAUGCGACUUUUCAGUUGUGACUCCCUAAUUUUAAUCCUAACAAGAAAUUUUAAAAAUUCUGUAUCAAUGUGAUUUUUAAAUCCAAUUUAUAUUAUUUUGUUUUAUUUUAUUUUAUAACACUUACAUAAGUUAUCACUUGAAUUGAGAUUAAGCGCAUCCCAGUUUGUUUAAGUAAUACCCGGUGAGACAAUUAGCUAGCUUAUUUUAAAAUUUCAAAAGCAGGGUCCUAUUUUUGGAAACGACCGAAGAGGCAAGUGUACAUUGCUAGAAUUAAAUUAUAUCCAACAGAUGAUACAUUGUGAUAUGAAAUUUUCUACACGAGCGUGUUUAUUGUCAGGAGAGUGAUAUGCACAAUCUAUCGCAUUGUAAUGAUUACAUAUAAAUAACAAUAGCCAAGUAGAAAAUAGCAUAGAAUAUUCAACAUCAUUUCAUUCUUCUUUGGCUGCCAAAACUCUUUUGAUGUGAUUUUUUGUUGAUUUCUUUUUUAAAUGGCACCAUUACGUAGCUCCUAUUGGCACAGUGGUUUUGUUAUGAUUGAUUUUUAAAUAAUGCAUCCUGAUAAUUCUAGUAGUUCCAGUAAUUUUAAGAGAAUUCUUUUAUUCGUCACAUGAAUUUUGCAAGUGAGAGAUUAUAUUUAAAUUGUUAUGUGACUGUAUGCUUUACAGGUAAUAUUGCAGGAGCUUUAAGAUGAAUGUUAAUAUAGCACCAUAAAUAGCUCACUUAUUUCAUGUAUUUUACAUAUAUUGUAGCACUAAUAUGCUCUAAAAAGAAGAUAUGCUUAAUAUCAAAAAACAUGUUAACAACUACCCCUCCCGGUACUGUUUAAACUGAAAUUAUGAACUGGCGAGAUAUUGUGUCACUGACAAUAGGUAUAUAGGAAACUCAAUUGAAGCAGUUGUAAAUCAUUCGGAAAACAGUGUCUUAUAGGCAAUUUGAUCGUCUCGAGUAUUGCAUUUAGAACAGCAAUGAUCGAUCACCUCAAAAUGUAUGUAUGCAUUUGCAAGCACACUGUUUUUAGACAACAUAGUUUAAUACACAUGUAUACAUAUGGGUCUGUAUCUAAUGAUAACGUAAGUAGUACAUACAUACAGUAGAUAAUUGGACUAUUUAUAUUUUGGAGGAAUAUAUGGGUGGGUGCUUUGCUAACGCUCUGUGGUGUGAACUACAUCUAUAUCUUAACGAAAUAAUAAUAAGAAUGCAAUCAUUGUAAAAUGUAAAAAAUCCAAUCGUAAAGUACUCAAUCAAUUACUGGAAAUGAGCUCAAAAGGGAAAGAAAACCGGUAGAUUUUUAGGGAGGCUUGAAUUAACUUCGGCUCGGUUAGGAUACUUAUUACUACUUUACUAUUGAUAGCAAGUCUAGUCUUGAUACAAAGGAACUGCUUUAAAAAUAACUUGAUAACUUAUGGUACUACAUUUAUAUCAACUGGUGACAAGUCAAGGGAAGUAAAUAAUAGUGCAUUAUGUACACGGAAUUGUACAUGUACACUGCUACACUGCGGGCAAAAUUAAAAUAUUUAAUUAAUCCGUAUUUAUACAUGUGUAUAAAAAAACUAAAAUUAAUUACGUAGCAUAUCAAAUUAUCAAGAUGACGAGUAGUGGGGAAUAUAGCAAGCACAAAGUGAAAGUAGAUUUUGCCACGAUGCUGGCAAUGCAGCUUUAUUGAGUCACAUGAUAGCGAAUGAGAUCAAUAUUUUAGAGUUGGUGAUAUCGACGACUAAUUUAAUAAAUAAUACCAUCGGCAAAAAUAUAUUUCCAAAACCGAGCUACGCCAUUUCACUGAACAGAACUUAUAGAAUCAGCUAAUACUAUAAUUAGAUACGUAAAGUUAUGUACAUACGAAAUAGUCAAGAUAAUUUUAAGAUGCUUGUUGAUAUUAUUAAGUGUUGUGGUUUAGUAGUCUCAUUAAUUGUUAUCGUUCGACAUACAUACUAAUUUAUUUCCAUUUAUUAUGCUACUAUAUAUUCUUUAUUUGACUUGCUGAGGCAAAAUGAGAAUCCAUACUACUUUUAUCACAAAUCUUGCUGCUUUUAUUGUUGUAUAAAAUGCCAUGUUAUGGUUGUACCAAGUGUUUCACUUUUGGGAAAAGAUAAUAUUUUGUUGGUUUGUUUUUGUGCUGUGCACAAUCAUAAUUUAUUCGCGUUUAGAAUUGGAAAAAUUGUUUGUUUUACAAAAUUAAAACUAUAUAGUGCAAAAUGCUACCAUUUGUGAAAUGAGUGAAUAAAAAAAUAUUCAUGACAUAUCUGACAACGA